AAUAAAAAAAAAGCACUGAAAAAAAGUACAGUGUGGAAAAGCUCAGAAGACUAGUUUCAGCAAAACACACAACAUAAAAUAUUCCUGCGGUCGAAAGAGCACACAUAGAAAAAAAUUUAUCUCUGAUUUGCACAUCGCAAGACAAAAAGGAAUUCAUCAUUCAGUUGCGCGCCGUCGUACGGUACGGACGCAAAUUUCGGUUGCGUGGCUCAAAUAAUCGUACAGAAUUGACAUUCUUUCCAUAUUUCAAGGAUAUUUCAAUUGUGUUUGAGAAUCUCUAUAAGCGUUUAGCAAAAGUUUUUGUGCCAUAGCUUCAAUUAGUGUUAAAACAUUUGCUUUGAAUAUUAAAUAAAUAAAUUACAUUAAAUUCAAAAACUGUAAAAACUGAAGGCAAUCUAUUAAAACCCUUAGUGGUUUUAUUUUUUGUUAUUUUUCUUCAUUUAAUCAGUUUUGGCGGUUUUUCGUGCCGACAAAAUGGGGUCUAGAGCACCCCUUGGAAAACCUACCAAUUCCAUAAGGAAUAUAACACUUUUAUGGAAGAUACUCACCGUUAUUGUAAUUAUACAAGCGUGUGGAGUUUAUAACAGUUAUGCUAAGGAACUUAAAUCAGACGUAACAUUCGACGACACAUUCGACAUAGAUCAAUCCGAUGAAUCACCGGCGUUAAAUCAAAAAUACCGCGGCAUACGCGAAUUAGACGAACAAGCAUUACGUGAUGACGAACUCCAACCGGUAGAAGAUGCGCUCGCAGAAUCCAACGAAAAUUGGUUGGUGAAAGGCGUAAAGCGAGUGCGUCGGGAACUGAAUCGUAUUUUUGGUAGCAAAGAUGAUGAAAAUAAACCUAGAAAACACAGAAAACGUAACGAAGAACGACGAACUAAAAAGGAACAAAAUCAUGAAGUUCAAGUCCAGCACAAAAAGCACCCCAGGGAACACAAAGGCGAAACACAGCCAAGACGAAAGCAUUUGGGCGCAAAACAAAAUAACCACAAAAAGCGCGCUUCUAUGGGUGAUGAUUAUGUAGAAGGUUCGGGUGCCUUCAUCGAGGAAAACGAUGGUGAAGAUGAAAUUGAACGUAAAGAAUAUUAUCGUACAUUGUUUACUAUUCAUGAACCAUGGCAAGAGGUAUUACGCGAUGGCCCCAGAAGUCAAGAAUUCAAUACAUUACAUCGUCAAAUUGAAACUGGCUUCCGUGAUUUAUAUCAAAGAAAUUAUACCACCGAUGAUGAUGAUGACAGCAUUCGUGCCACUUUACUGGGUGUAGUUCCAACAGAAGAUAAAUUCAAAAUUCAUGUCGUCGUACAAUUGGAAAUACCUAGCAGAGUCCAUAAUUUUGGUGACAUUCUACGCAAUUACAUUGUUGAAAAUCUCCGUUUAGGUGACUUGGGUGCUGAAAUCGAUGAUCAGUACUACUUCAGACAUAUCCAAGACGUACUCGAUCCCAUCGAUUUUGGAGUGGAACCAACAUAUACCCAACCUGAGGAAGAAACUGUUUCCGGUACCUAUGGUGGUGAUGUUUAUGAGCCACAUGUCGAUAAUUCCAAUGUCGAUAAUACAAAUUAUGAUAAUACAAAUUAUGAUCAUACAAAUCGUGAUAAUGGUGAUGAUAAUACAAAUUAUGAUCAUUCAAAUCGUGAUGAUAAUACAAACUAUGAUAAUAACACUGGCGAUAAUACAAAUUAUGAUAAUAACAAUGGCGAUAAUACAAAUUAUGAUAAUAACAAUGGCGAUAAUAACAAUUAUGAUAAUAACAAUGGCGAUAAUAACAAUGGCGAUAAUAACAAUUAUGAUAAUAACAAUGGCGAUAACACAAAUUAUGAUAAUAACAAUUAUGAUAAUAACAAUGGCGAUGAUACCAAUUAUGAUAAUACAAAUGAUAAUAAUAGAGAUGACGAUAAUGGAAAUGAAGUUAAUAAAAAUAUUGAUGAAAAUUAUGAUCCAAAUAGAGAUAAUAUCUAUGGACGUGAAGAUGAGAAUAAUGUGCCACGUGAACGCACCAAUUGUGACCUACAGCCCAACGGCUAUUUCACUUGCAACAAUGGUCAGUAUAUUGAGUGCCGCAAACGUUGCAAUAAUUACUUUGAUUGUGACGAUGAGAGUGAUGAAGAUGAAGCAAUGUGCGGUGAUCCAAUUGAAACUGAUGAGCAGACAAAUUAUCCUGAAGAAAAUGAUCACCAAGAACCACCAACUUCAAAGCCUGACUACAUUCCGCAUAUUGAUAUUGAUGACGGUUCCGGCGAUGACCUGGACCAGUUCCGGCCAACAACUGAAACUGAUCCAUUAUAUUCGCGUCCCACUGAAGAUGGCUGCCGUGGGGAUGCUUCAUUCACGUGCCCAUAUAGUGGAAAACAGAUCUGCGAUGAGCACCGUUGCGAUGGUAGAGAGGAUUGUCCCGAUGGUGAAGAUGAACAUAAUUGCCCAGGUUCAGAAGAAGCAGGUAUUGGUGGAACUGAAGACAAUGCUGGAAGUCCAAAUGUUUGCACUGAAAACGAGUUCAUGUGCGAUAAUCACUGUUUGCCGAAUGCUUAUAAAUGUAAUGGCGCCUACGAGUGCGUCGAUCGUACCGAUGAGGAAAAUUGUCGAGAAUGUCAACCCAACGAAUACAGAUGUCAAUCUGGUGACUGCAUUGAUGCCAGAAGACGUUGCGAUAAAUACAGAGACUGCCCCGACGGUGAUGAUGAAGACGAAAGUUGUCCGACUGAAUGUAGCAAAGUAGAAUUUCAAUGUAAAAGUGGUUAUCAUUGUUUAAGUGAAUCACAAGUCUGUGAUGGCUAUCUGGAUUGUCCGGAUGGUGACGACGAGGAUCAUUGUGAUGGCAUUGUGCCAAGAAUAAAAUUUUUUUGCCCAAAAGGCAAAUUCACUUGUCGAGAUCUCUCUUGCAUAUCAAUUAUACAUCGUUGUGAUGGUCGUGUAGAUUGUCCGAGUGAUCGCUCAGAUGAGGAAGGAUGUCCUUGUUUGUAUGAAAAGUGGCAAUGUGAUGAUGGCACUUGUAUAUCCAAAGAAUUUCGUUGUAAUGGUAAUAUUGAUUGUCCUGAAGAUAUAUCCGAUGAACGCCAUUGUGAAAAUGGCGGCGCGGAUUGGUGUCAAUUUAAUGAGUUCCAAUGCGACAAUGGUCAGUGCAUACCUAUGCGUGAGGUGUGCGAUAAUAUAUAUGAUUGUACAGAUUAUUCGGAUGAAAAAGAUUGUGAUAUUCGUGAUUUUGAACGAAAUCGCUUCGAUGACAAUGAAAUUAUACGUGAAUAUGCACCGCACCAUAGACGACCAACAACUUCAAGACCAUCAAUUUUACAUGAGUUAGACUCAAAAGAGUUUACCGAAUAUCGGCCAAACAUCUAUUAUAAAUCUAAAGGGCACUCUUGUACCGAACGAGAAUUUAAAUGCGGCAACAAUGUCUGUAUACCCUUACAUUUACGCUGUGAUGGUUUUUACCAUUGCAACGACUUAACGGAUGAGUUGAACUGCGAAGCAUAUACUAAAACUACCGAGGGACCACCUCUACCAAUUGUACGCACCACAACGGCUAGACCCAUCCAGAGAACAACUACAAUAACAACAACAAUUUCGAGAUAUGCAUACAAAAACGAGGUAUAUCUUAAAUUAAAUAUCUUAGGCAAUAGUUGUCUUGAAAACAUUGAGUUUGCCUGCCAAAAUGGCGAUUGUAUACCGGUAGAGAGUGUCUGUGAUGGCAUAUCCGAUUGCGAACGCCAUGAAGACGAAGACAAUCUUCUAUGCACUUGCAGUAGUGAUAAGUUUAAAUGUUUGCGUGGCGGUGGCUGCAUACCAAGGGUGCAAGUUUGCGAUGGAAGAGCACAGUGCAGUGAUGGCAGCGAUGAAAGCUCAUGUCAUUUUCAUGCUAAAUAUAAUAAAACACGCGCAAGUGUUGAAUGCUUAAGUUUGCAAUAUCAAUGCGCCGAUGGUAUCUGCAUAUCGGGCUAUAAGCGUUGCAAUGGCAUAACCGAUUGUAGCGAUGGUUCAGAUGAAUUAAAUUGUCCAUUAAAUUAUGACGAUACAAAUUAUGAUUUUGAUCAAGAACCAACACUUAAUGAAUGCGAUAUCUAUGAAUUCGAGUGUGAUUACUCACAAUGCAUACCCAUCGAAAAGAAAUGCGAUGGUUAUCCAGAUUGUGAUGAUGAGACCGAUGAAUUAGAUUGUCCACCAUUUACAGAACACUGUCAUGAGAAUGAAUUUGAAUGCGAUCAAAAUUAUUGUAUUUUACGCGAUCAACAAUGCAAUGGCAUUAAGGAUUGUAAUGAUGCCACCGACGAAAGAAAUUGCACCUACUGUCGGGAUGGUGCUUAUCUUUGCAACAACGGAGAAUGCAUAUCACAUAAAUUACGUUGCAAUGGUCUUAACGAUUGCAAUGAUGCAAGUGAUGAACUCAACUGUGAUUGUCCUAAUUUAACCAUCAAAUGUAAUGGCACUUGUGUCGAUUGGAAUUUGCAUUGUGAUGGCAAAGAAGAUUGCGCCGAUGGUUCAGAUGAACGCGAUUGUGAUGAUCAUGAUCACAUUGAUAUUAAUAUAUUUAAUAAAACUUGUCGUGAAGAUCAAUGGCAAUGCGAUAAUUCUGAAUGUAUUAACAAGGACUUUUUAUGUGAUAAUAAUCCCGAUUGCAAAGACAAUUCAGAUGAAUCGCGACAUCAGUGUUCGAAACAGGACGCCAUUUUACAAACACCUGAAGACUGCUCAAGUGAUCAAUUCUUUUGCGAUGCUGAAUGUCGUCCUAUUUCUAUACGUUGCAAUGGUUAUCCUGAUUGUCUUGAUCGUAGCGAUGAACAAAAUUGCACCCUGUAUCCCUUCCCUACUCGCCGUCCACCCACAUAUCCAUGCCCACAACAUACCUGCCCGAAUGGAAAAUGUUACUCACAAAGCGAACGUUGUGACGGUUCACGCGAUUGUGAUGAUGGCUCUGAUGAGAUGAAUUGUUGCGCUUCAAAUCAAUUCCGUUGUCGCAAUGGUGAUUGUGUGCCCGAAUCAGCUCACUGCAAUGGUUAUCCCGAGUGUCGUGAUAGUUCAGAUGAAGAAGAAUGUUCCGAACCAAACUAUGGCAAUUGCUCACCAUCACAAUUCCGUUGUGAUAAUGGUGAAUGUGUUAACGCUGCCACAAGAUGUAAUGGUUACACCGAUUGUAGAGACAGUUCAGAUGAGAAAUACUGCAAGUAUUUAAGAUAUCCGUAUUUUAAAUUUAAAGGAUAUAAUAGGGGCUGUGGCUUUAAUAUGUUUCGUUGUGAAAAUGGUCCCUGCAUUCAAGCCAACUUACGUUGUAAUGGCAUUGUUGAUUGUCCGCUUGAUAUAAGCGAUGAAUUGGACUGCGGUCCAGUUACGAAUGAAAUCGAUAAUGAAUCACCACAAUCUUCUAACCCACAACUCAACUUGAAGACUUAUCCUGACAGCCAAAUUAUUAAAGAAAGUCGUGAAGUUAUCUUCCGUUGUCGUGAUGAAGGUCCAUUACGUGCUAAAGUUAAAUGGACCAGACCUGGUGGACGUCCCUUACCACCAGGUUUUACUGACAAAAAUGGUCGCUUGGAAAUACCAAAUAUUCGAAUGGAGGAUUCUGGUAAAUACAUAUGUGAAGCUGUUGGCUAUCCACGACAUGUAGCUGGACAACAAGUAUCUGUACAUCUAACAGUAGAGCGUUAUAAUCCACUUCUCGAUCGUCCACCAUCAGCUUGUCGCGUUAAUCAAGCCACUUGUAUGAAUAACGAAUGUAUUGAAAAGUCACAAAUAUGUGAUGGUAUUCCACACUGUUCCGAUGGUUCCGAUGAGCAUAGCUGCAGUCAUGGACGUAAAUGUCAACCAAAUCAAUUUAUGUGUCGUAAUUCAAAAUGUAUUGAACGUAUCUGGCGUUGUGAUGGUGAAAACGAUUGUGGUGAUAAUUCCGAUGAAGACAGUUGCGAUCCUGAACCAAGUGGUGCUCCAUGUCGUUAUGAUGAAUUCCAAUGCCGCAGCGGUCAUUGCAUACCUAAAUCUUUCCAAUGUGAUGAUACAAAUGACUGUGUUGAUGGCUCCGAUGAAAUUGGUUGCAUGGUUCCUGUACCAAUCAGACCACCACCUCCACGCAUUAACCUACAAGUUGGAAAUCCUUUGAACUUAACCUGUGUGGCAACUGGUGUGCCGGUACCAACAAUUAUUUGGCGUUUAAAUUGGGGUCAUGUACCGGAAAAGUGUGCUUCGAGAAGCCAUGCAGGCACCGGAACCUUAUACUGUCCCAACAUGGAAGUAGGCGAUAGUGGUGCAUACUCUUGUGAAAUUAUAAACUCCAAAGGAUCCACAUUUGUUACACCAGAUACGUUGGUAACUGUUGAAGAACCGGACCGUCCAGAUGUUUGUCCCUCUGGAUUCUUUAACAUGUUAGCAAGACGUCGUGAAGACUGUAUUAGUUGCUUCUGUUUCGGUGUUUCGAGUACAUGUCACAGUGCUAAUCUAUUUAACUUUGCAAUUCAACCACCAAUUAUCUCGCAUCGUGUUGUUAAUGUCGAGCUAAAUCCAUAUAGCAACAUCGUUAUUAAUGAAGCACCUGCUCCAACUAUUAUCAAUUUACAUCAUGGUGUGCAGUUCCGUGCAUCGGAUGUUCCAUAUGGCGCACGCGAUGCUCCUUAUUUAGCACUACCUGCCGACUAUAUGGGAAAUCAAUUAAAAUCAUAUGGUGGCUCACUGAAAUAUGAAGUUAAUUUCAUCGGAAGUGGACGUCCAACACAAUCACCAGAUGUUAUUAUUACUGGCAAUGGUUUCACAUUAGUUCACCGCGCUCGUACACAACCACAGGCAAGUUCAACUAAUAAAGUUUCUGCACAAUUUACAUAUGGCAAUUGGCAAAAACCUGAUGGUGCUAGAGCAACACGUGAAGAGAUUAUGAUGAUUUUGGCUAAUGUUGAUAACAUACUCAUUCGCUUGGGAUACAUUGAUUCUACAGAACGAGAAGUUGAACUAACGAAUAUUAUUAUGGAUUCUGCUGGUUUACAAGAUCGAGGCUUAGGACCAGCUUCUUUAGUUGAGCAAUGUAGCUGCCCUAAAGGUUAUAUUGGCGAUUCUUGUGAAACUUGCGCACCUGGCUUUGUACGUCAACCAGGUGGUCCUUGGCUUGGACGUUGUGUACCAUUUGUACCUGAACCUUGCGGAGCAGGUACAUAUGGUGAUCCACGUCGUGGUAUACCCUGUCGUGAAUGCCCAUGCCCUCUAACCGGUUCAAAUAACUUCGCCAGUGGCUGUCAGUUAGGUCCAGAUGGUGAAGUGUCUUGCUACUGUAAUGAAGGUUACACCGGUCGUCGUUGUGAAGUUUGUGCAGAAGGUUAUCAAGGUAACCCACUAGUACCAGGUGGAAGAUGUUAUCGUAUUCCAGAAGUAAACUGUAAUGCAGUUGGUACUUAUUAUCCACAUCAAAAUGGCACAUGUGAAUGCAAACCAUUAGUUGUUGGACCACGUUGUGAUACAUGCGCGCCAGAUUCCUUCCAUUUGAAUUCAUUCACCUUCACUGGUUGUAUUGAAUGCUUCUGCAGUGGUUUAACCAAACAAUGUAGCAGCAGCUCUUGGUAUCGUGAUCAAAUUGUAUCGAACUUUGGAGUUUCUCGUGCUCCACAUGGUUUCGUGUUAGUUCGCGAUUAUGAAACCUCACAUCCAUCUCCAGUUAGUUUUGAAUUGUCAAACAGUGCUCUACAAUUCAAUCAACAAGCCAGCUCUGAGCCAUUGUAUUGGAGUUUACCACCACAAUUUUUGGGUGAUAAAAUCUCAGCUUAUGGUGGCAAAUUAGCGUACAAUCUAAGCUACAAUCCUCUGCCUGGUGGUCUGAUGUCUAGAAAUAAUGCUCCUGAUGUGGUUAUCAAGAGUGGAGAAGACUUAACAAUUAUACAUUACCGCAAAUCUGGCGUUAAUCCAAGCCAACCGAAUUCAUACUCCGUGCCAAUUAUUGAAAGUGCUUGGCAAAGAUCUGAUGGUCAAGUUGUUAAUCGUGAACAUUUACUUAUGGCGCUUUCUAAAAUUGAAAGUAUUUUCAUUAAAGCAACUUACACAACUGGCACCAAAGAUGGCUCAUUAACGCAUGUUGCUUUGGAUAUAGCUGUUCCAAAUAAUAUCGGUACUCAACGUGCUGUUGAAGUCGAAGAAUGUCAAUGUCCAGGAGGUUAUGUGGGCUUAUCAUGCGAACGUUGCGCACCGGGUUAUAAACGAGAUAGUGAAGCAGGUCUUUAUUUAGGAGUUUGUGAAAAAUGUGAAUGCAAUGGACACUCGGAUCAAUGCGAUGCUGAAACAGGCGUGUGCUUGAACUGUGAACACAACACUGACGGUGAAUUCUGUGAUCGUUGUGCGCCUGGUUAUGUAGGCAAUGCUUUGGGUGGUUCUCCAUACGAUUGCAGCCGCGAUGAUGGUUCAGAACCUUACCCACCACCACCACCACCGGGUAAUAAAACUGUAUGCGAAUAUUGUGAUAGAGCAGGCAGUGUGAGUUGUGAUAACGGGUAUUGUAUCUGUAAGCCAAAUGUAGUUGGCCAACGUUGCGAUCAAUGUCGUCAAGGUACAUAUGGACUUUCUGAAAAUAAUCGAGAUGGUUGUGAAGAAUGCUAUUGCUCCGGCAAAACUACUGAUUGCCGUUCAGCCACACUUUAUCGCCAACUCAUACCAGUUGAUUUCUUUGUAAACGAACCUUUGAUAACCGAUGAACGGGGAGAUAUUAUUGAUAGAAAUAACUUGAAUCAUGAUGCCGAAACUAAUACAUAUACCUACGACUUCACAUCAUACACACAGAAGUAUUGGAGUUUACGUGGUUCAAUUUUAGGCAAUCAACUCUACUCUUAUGGUGGUGAAUUAUCAUACAAUUUACAAGUAGAAUCUUAUGGAAAUUACGUACGUGGUAAUGAUGUAAUUCUAAUCGGUAAUGGCUUACAAUUGGUAUGGUCAAGAUCAGAGGAAGAAGAAGAUAGUGCAGACUAUCAUAUACGCUUACAUGAAGACGAACAAUGGCAUAGUUUCAAAAAUGGUGAAGCAAGACUUUCUUCACGUUUGGACUUCAUGAGUGUUUUAUCUGAUUUGGAACACAUACUUAUACGUGCAACACCUAAAAUACCAACAACACGCUCUUCAAUACGUGAUGUUAUUCUUGAAACAGCUGUUGAGCGCCCAAUGGCAGGUGCAAGAGUAGCGUCCGAAGUUGAAGUGUGCUCAUGUCCCUAUGGCUAUACUGGCAUUUCAUGUGAAAACUGUGCACCAUUAUAUUACCGCGACAAUUAUGGCUCAUGUGUAGCUUGCUCAUGCCAAGAAGACUCAUCGAUUGGCUGUAGUUUGGAUGAAAGCGGUUAUGUGAAAUGCGAUUGCAAGUCAGGCUUCUCAGGAGAUCGCUGCCAAAAUUGGGAUAAGUCCUAUGUUAAAUCGUCCAAUUGCAACUUAAGCAAAGGAUUUUGCUGUAAUGGGUUUCAGUUGCAUUUAGAACCAAAUGAGACUAUCUCAUACAAUGAAACCGUAAAUCUUUAUAGAGGCAACAAAAAAAUAGGAAAUAUAACACAUCUACAUUUCGGCUGCCAACCAGAAACUACCACAACACCGCGCACAACCCCAGACUAUGAUUAUUUGACCGAAAUUACUGUAUCCAUUGCUCCUCCAGAGAUAACGAUCAUUCCUAUUGGUGGCUCAAUAACAUUGACAUGUACCGGCAACUUAGCAUGGAACGGAAGUCCUGUCGUCGUAUCUUGGUAUAAAUUGCGUGGACAAAUGCCGUUUAGCCAUGAAGAAGAUCGUGGCAUUUUGCGUUUGUAUAACUUGCAAGUCUAUGAUUCUGGUAUAUACAUAUGUCAAGCAGUUAAUAAUAAGACACAAAAGGUCUUUGAAGAUCAAGUAUCUAUAACCAUAACUGAGAGUUCACAACGUACACCAGCACGCAUAGUUGAACUACCAAGUCAAGUUACUUUUGAAGAAUAUCAGCCUAAUGAAAUCAAUUGUGAAGUAACUGGAAAUCCUACACCUUCUGUAAGCUGGACACGUGUUGAUGGUCAGAUGUCGCGUGAUGCUCACACCGACGGAACACGUUUAAUCUUCGAUGCACCACGUACUUCUGAUAGCGGACACUACCGUUGCCAAGCCAACAAUGAUAUUGGUACUGACGAAAGAUAUACUGUAGUCAAUGUAGAGGAAAGCCCAUUACAGCCGCAACCACCAAUACGUGAAUUCAUUUAUAUUGAGCCACCAUCUUGGUCGGGUGAACCAGGACAAACUAUACGCUUAACAUGUCAACCUACAACACCAAUAACUUUAGUUUAUCAAUGGAAUAAGGAUGGAUAUCCAAUUUAUCGUCAACAAAAUGUUGUUUUAAGUGGCAAUCAACUCGAAAUACGUGAAGCGUCACCACGUGAUUCAGGUGUUUACACUUGUAUUGGCAUCGAUCAACGAGGCCAUCGCAAUUAUACAUCUGAAGCUCGAGUUGCAGUUGAGCAAAGAGAACCUUAUCAACCACCAGGUCCACAACCUGGCACCGCUGUUCCAACUAUUAGACGUAUGAAGGAGGAAAAUAAUGUUAUACAAGGACAAGAUUUCACAAUUACCUGCGAAGCUACUGGCACACCAUAUCCCAACAUAAAGUGGACAAAGGUACAUGAACCUAUGGCAGAUAACGUGCAUCAAACUGGUAAUGUUCUACGUAUCAUAAAUGCUCGUUCAGAAAAUCGUGGCAUGUAUCUUUGCAUUGCUGAAAAUUCUGUUGGCACUGAUCAAGCCAAUACAAUUAUCGAUGUCGAACCACGUGAACGUCCAACCGUCGAUAUUCAUCCAGAUGAACAACAAUCUGUUUAUGUCGGUGCUCAAGGUUUGCUCUAUUGCCAAGCAAACGGCAUACCAGAGCCAACAGUUAUAUGGCGUCGCGUUGAUGGCAAACCACUAUCACCACGUCAUAAAGAAAAUAGUCCCGGUUAUAUUAUUAUUGAGGAUAUACAAAUUGCUGAUGCCGGUGAUUAUGAAUGUCUUGCUGAAAAUUUAGCCGGAAAAACUACCGGAAUUUCUACGAUUCGUGUUAUUGAAGCGCCAGUUAUUAUGAUAGAGCCAAGUGAUAAUCUAUUGACCGUUACCGAGGGUGAUGAAGUUAAAGUUGUCUGCUCAGCUAGUGGUUUCCCCAAUCCAAGUAUACAAUGGGUAUCUGCUGAUACUCCCGAAUUUAAUUUAAGAACUGCAGCUGAACAUUAUAAUCAAGCCUAUCUUGAAAUUUAUCGCGCAUCUAAACUCGAUGCUAAGACCUACAAAUGUAUUGCAACCAAUGAAGCCGGUACUGAUGAAAGAUAUAUUACAAUUGAUGUUAAACCUAGACGUGGUGAUGCACCAGAUGAUAGUGAUGUUGAUCGUUCACCUUAUGAACCAGCACGUCCAGAUUAUACAUCUCCUGAAAACGUUUAUCAUGCCAAAUCUGGCGAUUCUGUUACUUUAACUUGUAGUUUAGGAAACAUGCCAAACAUGCAAACUCGUUGGGAACGUCUAGAUGGCCGCCCAUUACCAAGUAAUUCCUAUCUCGAUCGUAACAGUUUAAUUAUUACACGUAUUGAAGAUCAAAAUAGUGGCAAAUAUCGUUGCAAUGGUUUCGACAAUCGUGGUACUAUUGUUGCAUUUGUCGUAGCUGAAUUGGUUUUGGUGCCAUUACCACAUAUUACUUUCCAUCCCAAAGUUCCAUUGACUGUCAAUCCAAAUGAUAACGUCAACAUAUACUGCCAAGUUACUGGUGAACAACCUAUUGACGUUGCUUGGCACACUGAUAAUAAUCGCCCACUGCCACCUUCGGUACGUAUCGAAGGACAAUACCUGAACUUUAUUUCAAUCACACCUGCUGAUGCUGGUCGUUAUUACUGUUCUGCAUCUAAUCGUUAUGGCAACACCACCAACAUGGCUGAAGUAGUUGUCAACAGAGGCCCCUACGAAGAACAACCACAAGUUCGUAGUCAUUAUGUUAAUGAAGGCAAUGAUGUUACUCUCACCUGUGAGGCUACACCCGAAUAUGAUCCAAGCCGUGGUGAAGUCAGAUAUGAAUGGCGCCGUGAAGAUGGUCGCCAAUUGCCAAGUUCUUCCAUACGUAAUCAAGUACUAUUCUUGCGUAAUGUACGUUUGGAAGACGAAGGACGUUACAUAUGUGAAUCUUACUCGACCGCUGGUCACAUUUCUCAACCAUCAUAUGUAGAUUUGUUCGUCAAGCCUGGUUUGCAACCAGUAAGACCUCCCUAUAUACCACCAAUUCCAAUAGCAACAACAACAACGACACGAGCUCCACCAGUACGUGAUUAUAGUCUGAAAUUGGAUCAGCAACAUUCAAAUUUACGUGUAGGUGAAUCAACUGAAGUAGAGUGUUAUUCUGCUGAUAAUGCAUAUACCGAUGUUAUAUGGGAACGCGCGGAUGAAAAGCCAAUGCCUCCACAUAUACAGCAAAUAGGCAAUCGAUUGAUUUUCUCUCAUGUUACACCAGCUGAUGAAGGUUCCUAUGUUUGUAAAUGUCGCGUAGAUGAUGGUGAUCUCUAUACUACCAGCUUUAGCCUUGAAAUUGAAGAUGAAGAAAGUGAGCAUGAUUGGAAGAAGCCUAAAAUUCAACAUGCAAAUAUUGGUUCUAUGGUAACAUUAAAAUGUGAAGCAGACCAAAGCAAUGGUAGACCAAAUUAUAGAUGGUCUCGUCAAUAUGGAAAAAUGCAAAGUGAUAGAAGUAUAUUCAGUGAGGAACUACAACUAGACGAUGUGCAAUCAAAUGACGCAGGUACCUACGUUUGCACAGCUACAUCACCGAAUGGCGAAGUUGCUGACUAUCCAACAAUACUUGUCGUUACGGGAACUAUACCACAAUUUCACCAAGAUCCCAUAAGUUAUAUGGCUUUCCCAACACUACCUGACUCAUACAUAAAAUUCAAUUUUGAUAUUUCAUUCCGACCACAAGAGCCUAAUGGUCUGAUAUUAUUCAAUGGACAAAAACGCGGUAGCGGUGACUAUAUUGCUCUUUCUCUUAAGGAUCGUUAUCCUGAAUUCCAUUUCGAUUUUGAUGGUAAGCCUAUUGUGAUACUUGCCGAACAACCCAUCUCAUUAAAUGAAUGGCAUACGAUUCGUAUCAACCGUUUCCGUCGCGAUGGUUACAUGCAAGUUGAUGAUCAGCGUCCAGUAGCUUUCCCUACACUAGCACAAGUCUCACCACUUGAUCUAAUUGAAGAUUUAUAUAUCGGUGGUGUACCUAACUUCGAUUUGUUACCACAAGAUGCUGUUGAUAAUAAAGUUGGUUUUGUUGGUUGCAUUAGUCGCUUAUCGUUGCAAGGUAAAGUUGUGGAUUUAAUGAAAGAGGCUAAAUUUAAGGAAGGCAUCACUGCUUGUCAACCUUGUUCGGACCGACCAUGUGAAAAUGGUGGAAUAUGUUUAGAAAGUCAGACAGAAAUGGCACAUACUUGUAUUUGCCAACAAGGUUGGACAGGUACAAAUUGUGCAGUUGAAGGUACACAAUGUACACCUGGUGUUUGUGGCGCCGGACGCUGCGAAAAUACUGAAAUGGGCAUGGAAUGUUUGUGCCCACUUAACAAGACCGGAGACCGUUGUCAAUACAUCGAACAUUUGAACGAAAAUAGUUUAGCUUUUAAGACAAACAGUUAUGCUGCCUAUGGCACCCCACGUGCCUCAAAAUUAAACGUGAGAUUUAAAGUUCGGCCAAACUCUUUAGAUGACGCCGUACUUUUCUAUGCUGCCGAAUCAAAACUGCCAGCUGGUGAUUUCAUUGCCGUAGUACUACGCAACGAACAUAUUGAACUUAUUAUAAAUACCGGAGCACGACCGAAACCAGUUGUGGUACGAUCACUUAAUCCACUGCCAGUGAAUAAAUGGACUGAAAUAGAGAUAUCACGUCGAUAUGGUGAAAGUAUUCUACGUGUUGGUGAAGAUCCAGAACAAAAAGCGAAAUCAAGCGGUCUAGCACGUACACUGUUUAUAAAGACUCCAAUGUACAUUGGCGGUUAUGAUCAUGAGAAUGUAAAACUAAACCGUGAUGUGAAUAUUACAAAUGGAUUGAAUGGUUGUAUUUCAAAUCUUUAUGAAGCUCAGCGACAAAUUAAUCUCAUAGCCGAUAUUCAAGACGCAGUCAAUAUACAAAACUGUGGAGAAAUUAAUGAAAUCGAUAAUAAUGAAAUAUCACAUAAUAUCGAAGACCCAAGUCAACCAGAAACAGAAGAUUUAGUACCUCAAGAUGCUUGCUCAAGUGAUCCCUGUGAAAAUGGUGGUACUUGCUCAAUACGCAAUAAUAAUGCUGAAUGUUCCUGUAUUUUAGGUUUUAGUGGCAAACAUUGUGAAGAACAUAUAAUGAUUGAAUUUGAUGCCAACUUCCAUGGUAAUGGAUAUCUCGAACUAAAUCGCUCCGAAUUCAGUAAAGCAAUCGAACAGAAGUAUUCAUUCGCUGGUAUGGUCUUUUCAACUACAAGCCCUAAUGGUUUGCUACUUUGGUGGGGACAAGAACUUGGACAGGAAUAUACUGGUCAAGAUUUCAUGGCUUUGGCUGUUGUUGAUGGUAUUGUUGAAUUUUCAAUUCGAAUGAAUGGUGAAGAGACUGUUAUACGUAAUCCCGAAAAACGAGUCGAUGAUGGACGUCGACAUAUUGCUUUAAUCAAACGCACAGAUAAUACCGCCAUAUUAGAAUUAGAUCAUUUACUCGACGCAGGUGAAACAAGACCAACAGGCAAAGAGACAAUGACUCUGCCAGGAAACGUUUUCAUUGGUGGUACGCCUGAUGUUGCCAUGUUCACUGGCGGUCGCUAUCACAAUAACUUUAAUGGUUGUGUACGUGUUGUGGAAGGAGAGUCCAGUGGUAUAAUACAACUUAAUCAAGCAGCUAUAAGUGGUGUCAAUGUUGAUGCAUGUCCAGUAGCGGAUGAUUCUCUGGAAGGAACAGAACCACCAGUCGUUUAAUAGCUUUAAAUAUUGAAUUAAUUUUUUUUUACAUAAUUUUUUUUUUUGUUAAUAAGUUAUGCAAUUAAAAAUUGUUUUUAAAACACACAUAUCUUAUUACGAACAAAAAAUAAAUAAAAUUAUGUAUACAUGAAAGCCAUAUACUAAGUUUAAUUUUAAACUUUUGUACGUAAGUUAACUAACAAUUAAUUUUUUAAAUAUUUUUAAUAAUUUUUGUGUUUUAACGAAUAAAUUUUAUUUAUUUUCCUCCGGAACAAAGCGAAACCAUAAAUUUUAUACUCUUACUAUGUCUAAGAACAUGAUAUUUAAAUAACGGAAGGGCAAAUAUGCAAA